AUGGACCAGGUAACAAUCUUUUCGUUUCUUUCAUUCUUUUUUAAAGGUGAUGGUUUAAAGGAAUGGGGCGGCUUGAUAUUUGACAGUUGCCUAGUUGAGAAGACCGGUACAGAUACGACAUGGCAGGACUUUUAUAGGGAAGAAAAUGCACUGUUGAGGGCAUACGCGAGCCCAUCUGAUGUCAUCAUGCUUUCUGUUUGCCCGCGUAUUUCCUCUGAGGAUUUACGCCAAACUCAACUUCUUACAGUUGACUUAAGCGGUUGGGAGGCCUUCUACUCAUGGAGAGGGCUGUCGCUCUCAUCUCCUCUAGCCUUUCUUUUUCACUGGCCUCUCACAGUUUACUACAUACUAAACAAAUUGUUUCCAGUGGUUUCUUUUAUUUAUAUAAUCGAUUUAUUUAUUAUUGUGUCCACCGCAGAUCCACAUCAAGUCAACCACAUAUUGGAAAAAAAAACUCUAAAUGUUCACGUUAUUGGUGCUGAAGCAGAGGUUGACAUGCUUCCAGUUUUUAAGGAAUUAGAAUUUCUCAUUUCACCUGCCAUCGAGGAAGUGGUGCUUAAUUUAAUCGGGCCAAACAUCUCUCCCUAUGCCAGUGGUAAAAAAUGGUUACUUUCGCACCGCAUGUCAGCGAACAUUUGGCGUGGGCAUUACCACCAAUUUGUUGAGGAAUUUCAAUCUGGGGGAAACUUUUGCUCGCCAGAUUUUGUAAUAGGUUUCAAUGUGGGCUUCGCUGCCUAUCCUUCAUGGACGAAGACACUAGAAUUGCUCAAGGCCAUGAAUGUACCCUGCUUCUUCACUGAUUCGUGUCAGUAUUCGUGCAUAUGGGAUUUUCAAGUCAUGGAUGCCGUAGGAUUAGGCUCCGGUUUUGACACAUCGAAUCCACAAUCGGCAAUGGCUUCUCUCAAUUUAAAUCCCUUCAGGAGUCCCGUGAGAAUCCGAACCGGAGGCACUCGCUGGCCUUGGUUCAGCAACGCCUUUAUCUUUUCUCCAUGUGCUGCAGAAUUUAACGAAGACGCCCUGGCAGCUAAACUAUCUGGUGUGCAAAUUUAG